AUAUUUCCAGUGAUAAAUUCUAGUGACUUGGCCGAAAAAAUGCAUUUCGGAAAAAUAUACUGUUGCUCUUGAAUCUUGACCUUGCUUGGCACUUAUAUCUUACGAGUGUCAACUUUGUUGCAAUAAUAUUCUAUCUAUAGAGGUUAUGUUAUGUUAGCUAAAAUAGAAAGAGUCGCAAGUUAGUCUUCCAACCGCUGACGAUAACGAAUAAACAUAGCAUGUAACGCAGCCGAUUGUCACUGUAAAAUAUUAUGAAACUAUUUAAAAUUUAGUUUUACUUUUUAAUGUAAGAAAUAGCUGAUUUAUUGUAAAUAGUUUGAAAAAUAAGUUAAAGCAUGGAUAAAGAAGAAAAAAUGGAUUUUUUUGAGCGAUUUUCCAACUUUAUGGAACAUGAUACUAGGGGAGUACAGAUAAUAACUUAUGGAGUAGCAGGUAUUGGCUUUUUAGCUGCAUUGUACAAGAUCAGACCAUUUGCUAGGUUUACCAGUCCAUCUGAUGUGCCUAAACACUUUUUUACCAAAAAAGUCUUACUUGAGGGUACAGUGAAAAAUGUAGCACCAUCUGAACAGCCAUAUCUUUUGAUAGAUCAUAAGCCGUUAGUUCCUUUACCUAGACUGGGCAUUCAAAAAUACUUACCUGUAAAAAUAGCUGGUGUAAAUAUUACUGGAAAUGGUAUGAGUUGGUUGCAAGCAAUAGUUAAGGGACAAAAAGUAAAAUUUUUGCCAAUAGCUAAGGAUAAUGAAUUUUUGACAUGUAUAGUGAUGCUGGCACAAAAAGAUAAUGAACCAGCAUCUAUUGGAAAAGAAUUGCUAAAAGUAGGAUUUGGUACUGUCGCAGACAUCAAACCUUUUUUACCAACAGAUAAAGAUGUAAAAGGUUAUCAGAGAUCUCUGCAACUUGCUCAAAAAUGGGCAGAAAGGAAAAGAAAUGGUAUUUGGCAUUUCAAGUACUCUCCAACAAUUCUAUGGAAGAUAAGAAAUAAUUUAGAUAAUAAGCUAAAAUCAACUCUCCCAGCUUCAUUAGCAAGAUAUUUCAAUAUUUAGCUUUAAAAAGUGAUGAAUGUAAUUAAGUUUCUAAAUUGAGUUCAAAAAUUAUUUUAUAAACUAUUUUAUAAGAGAGAAAGUAAAAGCUGUUGAGUUUUUAAAAUUUUUAAUAUAGAUACAAUCAUGUUUAAUCAAUA